UUCAAUUCAAUUCAAUUCAUUUCCUCUUUUCGCAACAAAAAAAUCUCAGGUUGGGUUUCCGAUGGAUUCUGGUGCCGGAAAGGUGAAGAGGGGUGCCGGAGGUAGGAGAGGAGGUGGGCCCAAGAAGAAGCCCGUGUCAAGGUCCGUGAAGGCUGGUCUUCAGUUCCCUGUUGGAAGGAUCGGUCGGUAUUUGAAGAAAGGAAGGUACUCUCAGCGCGUGGGAACCGGUGCUCCCGUUUACCUCGCCGCUGUUUUGGAGUACCUCGCUGCUGAGGUGUUGGAGUUGGCUGGGAAUGCUGCUCGUGAUAACAAGAAAAAUAGGAUUAUACCUAGGCAUGUUCUGUUAGCAGUGAGGAAUGAUGAGGAGCUUGGAAAAUUGCUUGCUGGUGUUACCAUUGCUCAUGGAGGUGUUUUGCCUAACAUCAAUCCUGUGCUGUUGCCAAAGAAGUCUGAAAGGGCAUCCAAAGAGGCCAAGUCUCCAUCUAAAGCCACCAAGUCUCCUAAGAAAGCUUGAUUUUAAUUUUGAGUUUGUUGUUCUUGAUUUCUAUAUGUAAAUCUACUAUUAGGCCUUUUUUAUGUAACUUGAAAAGGUUGAUGCGUUUGAAACAAUGUAAUGAUGAUUCCAUCAUCUUAAUUUAGGAUUUUUUUUAAUGAAUCAUUGGAAACAGCUUAUUUAAAGACGUGGACUCAGAUGUGCGCAUAUGUGUUUGUUUAAGAUUAAAACUCGGUUUGUUUGAA